AUGAUAUGGUCGAGACUGCUUGUUUUCGAGCUCUUAGAAGACAGUUUGCAGUCCCGAAAACUUCUUUCAACAAAGCACAUUUCAAGAAAAAUCACUUCACUAUCACCUAAGACUUUCAUCACUCAAUACAGAAGUAGGAGCUACUUUCAUCAGCCCUCUGUUACCGUAUCUCACCUCGUAGAUAACAGUAUUGGCCAUACAGCUGGUGAUUUAGCACACCAGGUUGCCUAUUACCAUAGCGAUGUACCAAAAAGGAGGAAUCCCUCGCUAAUCCGAAGCCAUAAAAUUAGGAGAAAGGCAUUGUCCAUGGCCAAGAUAUCGGACGAGAGAAAAGAAAAGAAAGAUGCCGGACCUUCAAUAAACUACAGAGUGUGGGCUCUGAGAUUGGCUCAUGAAAACAGUUAUCUGUCUUGGAGUCGUAACGCAGCCAUCUGUGCUGGCAUUGCAGCGACAGUGAGGAUCAUAGACAGUCAGGGACAGCCACUGCACUCUUCUGUUAGCUCUGACAGCAUUGUCACAGGAUUUGCCGAUCUUGGUCUAGUGUUUAUUCUCUACGGCUCUUGUCACCAUAUUUACCAGGCAUACCUCCUCCGUAAGACGCUGCACCUUCGCUCUAUCGAGUUCUUCUGGGUGUGUGCCUACACUGCAGCUAUAGGACUUCUCUACUGCUUUCUUAUUCAGACAAAAUUUGGAAUCGUGACCGAUUAGAGAGACUAUGAAACUUAAUUAACUGCCUAGUUUUUAUGUGUUUAUAUAGCUUUGUUGCUCGAUCGUUUUGGUCAAGCCAGUACGUGUAUAAAGCUCGUUGUGCACUGUACAUGCAUGUGUGUGUGUCCUCAAUUAUUCAUUAGCACAAAAUCAGCUGUGAUGUCUUCUUUAGUUACCCGUUUGAUUAGUGGUUUAUGUAAGACCCUCUCCAUGCAGUGUAAGGAGAGUAAUAUGAUAACUGUUUUGUUGACAAG